AUGCCUAUCAACCCCGAGGAUCAUCACCAUCAUCAUCGCGCUUCUCCCCGCCUCCCGACUCUCCGCCAAGUGCUGGGCUGGAUCGACAAGAAGCCCAAGGAGCAGGAGUCCGAGCUCGCCACCACCGAUAGAUUGUUCCAUCUUUUCGAGGAGGAGGAGCGAGGGAAAGAGAUGGCGUCGUCGGCAGCGGCUUUCACCACCAUUCUUCCAGCGGCGAAGUGUCCGUACUCGGCUGUGGCCAAGAACCCCGCGGUGCCGUACGUGUUCCAGAUGCCACUCCACUACCCGAGGUACACCAAGGCCGAGUACGAGGCCAUGCCCGAGUGGCAGCUCGACCGCUUGUUCGAGGAGUAUGGUCUCUCGGCGCUCAUCACCGGAGCUCUCCGUGACAAGCGGGACUACGCGAUUGGCGCGUUUCUCUGGAAGUGAGAUCGAGUUCUUCCAAGGUUUUAGGAGAGAGAUCUUUUAGAGCUGCGAGAAGUCCCAAGACUGUGGUAAUGAGCUAUGGUUUGUGUGUGUAGCUCUUGUAUAGAGUGUAUGUCAAUCUAGAAAUGGAACACCCGUGUCCAU